UGUUUUUUAGUCAUUUCGGUAAUGAUAAUAAUUAAUACUAAUUGAGUUUAUUAUAUCUUGUGUCUUAUACCACGAUUGUUAUGUCUGUCUUGUUUUUCUUUCUUUUUUUCAUUCUCAUUUUCAUGAGUCAGCACUUUUAAUUGUUGUAGGCUGUGUGAGAGACAGAAAAGGGAGGGUGCAGUACGACCAUUUGCAAAGGCAUAUAUGCACAGCUCUCUGGGAUUUUUGAUGUAUAGCCUUAUGACUUACUCUAUUUUGGCAUUUAUUUAUGAAUGUUUACGAGCAUCUUUAGUUGUUGGCUACUCAUACAAGAGAUAUUCACUCCCUGUGUUCCCCUCUGUUUCCCUCUCACAGUUUUAUCCCCUCUCAGUUCCCAAACCUGUCACUUCCAGUGAACGGAUCAGUGAGUUGCCCAGCCUGGUAGAAAAUUGGAUUUAGCAUUCUUCAAAGAGACCGGCAGUCUGUGUAGGACCCGCCUCUUCGCCCUACAGUAUGUGCCGUGACGUCAGCGCGUAGCAUGACCUCCGCUGCUCUGUCCAUCUCAGUAGAACGUCUGUCAUCCGCUUAGUAACCACCGUGGUAACCACCGUGAACUCCGUACGGGAAGGGCCUGUCAAAAACAACAUAAACGGCGCCUUAUCAGCAGAUCACCAUCCGAUAUGGAAACGGCCGUCUCGUCCUCCAGCCAGUGCGGGUACAGUUAUGAAGAGUACAAGGAGACAGCAGACUGGCUGUUGGCCCACACUGAGAAGCGUCCUAAAGUGGCAAUCAUCUGUGGUUCAGGUCUGGGCGGUUUGGCUGAACUGCUGGAAGACAAGAAUGUGUUCCAGUAUGAGGAUAUUCCACGUUUCCCCACCAGCACUGUCCCGGGACAUGCAGGUCGGUUGGUGUUUGGGAGACUACAGGGCUGCGAGUGUGUUUGCAUGCAAGGGCGUUUCCACUUCUACGAGGGCUACAACAUGCACAUGGUGACAUAUCCAGUGCGAGUCUUCUUCCUGUUGGGUGUGGAAACUCUGAUUGUGACAAAUGCAGCAGGAGGGCUCAAUGGCACUUAUAGUGUGGGAGACAUUAUGCUCAUUAAGGAUCAUAUCAACAUGCUAGGCUUUGCUGGGCAAAACCCUCUCUGUGGGCACAAUGAUAAGAGGUUUGGAGUGCGUUUCCCUUGCAUGUCUGAUGCGUAUGACCGAGAUCUGAGAGCCCUGACCAAGCAGACAGCAAAGGAGCAGGGCUGCGACAACUUCCUGCAGGAAGGCAUUUACUGUAUGCUGGCUGGACCAACAUAUGAGACCAUUGCAGAGUGCAGAGUCCUGCAGACACUCGGGGCUGAUGCCGUAGGUAUGAGCACAGUCCCAGAGGUGGUGGUGGCCCGUCACUGUGGCAUUCGUGUCCUGGGUUUAUCCCUCAUCACCAACAAGGUUGUAACAGAUUAUGAGAGCAAUGAGAGGGCGAACCAUGAGGAAGUGCUGAAGACCACUGAGCGCCGGACCCAGGACCUUCAGAGGCUUGUCAGUCACCUGAUCAAUAAACUGUAGCAACUUCAUCUAAGAUCUGUUUGUAAAGUUUCCAGUCCUACUUUGUUUUCUCUAGUGAUUGGAUAAUUUUAGCUUUGAACAAAAGUUGAGAAGUAUGUGCAGAUGGUGAGUGGUUAAUGUUGAAGGGAUAGGUUAUUAUAAAAAAUAAGGUAACGUGGUGAACUACAAAGCUAUAAGAUACCGAGUAUAAAGAGAAAAAUAUGAUGAAUUUAACUUAGAAGCAUUCAUAGUGGAUGAGUUUUGUUGCUGGUUUAGGACUCAGUCAUGGACCCUCAGCUAUAGCUUAACACAGCUUUAAAACUUAAAGUACAAAAUAUAGCCGUUAGCCACUGCUCUGAAUUAUUUUGGGUUCUUAGUAAUUGUUUUUAUGCAUUUUGAUUUUGGUACUUGUUGACUUAACACAGCCCAAAACUUUUGGACUGAUAAUAAUAAUAGUUAUUAGAGCCUAUAAGACACUUAUUAAGAGUAACACCAGACUGACAACCUAUAUUUUUUCUGUCAUUCCUGUUUAAAGGUUUCAAGAACAUUUUAUUGUCAAACCAACAGGCUGUAUAUAAAAACUUGUUUCCACUCCAGUGGCUUCAUAUUCUGCAGUUUCAUCAGAACUCCUCUAUUCACAAAUGAGCACGGCAGCUUUUAGUAUCAGUUCUCAAUAUGCUGGUAAACAGUAAAAAAAAGGGCUUUUCCAGCUAAAUAGCUACAAAGAAGGCAAAUAUUUUUAACCAAAUUACAAUCUUUUCCUAAAACUCACAAAAUAUUUUUUAUUAUCCUAAAGAAUUAUUUUAUGAUACCUAAAACAAAGUAGUUGUAGUACUUCACUCUAACCAAAUAUCAAAGCAAAAUUAAAGAACAAGAAUGAAAACAAGGAAAUUAAAGUACAGUUGUGCCGAUUUAUUGUCAGUGAGAGGGCUUAUAUUUGUGAGUCCACUGACUUUUCCCUACCUCCCCUCCAGCUGCCUUAAAUAAUGAUUUUUGCAGCAUUUCCCAGUGGUGUCUAAUAUUGCUUCAACUUGCAUGUCAGGAGCCCAAAAUAUACACUGGUUUGAAUCUCAAAGACAAGAUAAAUUUGAUUAAAAAAACAACUGAAUUUGACUCGUUUGGAAUGAGAAAAAUUUAGCAUUGCCCAUGGGUUCAAGAACUGCUGAUUUGAAAUGUAAAUUUCAGCAUUUCACUCCACUCUCCUCAUCUUUGUUUUUUAUUUGGUUUUAUAGAAUUUAGAAUGGAUAGUACCACAAUGAUCAAAAAGUGUGCAUUUAACUAAUGACACCAUUAAAAAAAUACAUAGAAUUGUGCUUUAAUGCACUUUCUCAGGAUUUAUGUCUAAGGACUAGUGACUACAUCUAUCUUUUAUAAUCAGUUAAUUUCAUUUUCAGGUGACAUUGGUGUUGUCUGCCACCAUAUUCAAUAGUGAUGUCAUAGGACACUAACACACCCUGCAGUAUUAAUCUACCUCAUUACUGCGAGGUUACUUAACACAUAGAGUGUAGAUAGAACAGGAUUUUCUCUAAUAACAAGUAGUGCAUGUCAAAUAUUUCUGUAACACUGGUUUAGGGCAUGUGGAGAAAGCAGAUCUUUUUUCAUAAUGACAGUUACUGAGCAUGACUAAAUACUGAGGAUGACCUACUGAUUUUUGUGUUUUUGUUUGAAUUUUAAUCAGGUAUUAUCAGAGUUCAGAUCAUGAUGUACAAUACUAGUAUACCAUUCCAUUAUUCUAUUUACUCCUCUCUCAGAGACUCCAUGUCAAGUUUCAAUAACAGUGAUAAGAAUAUAGUUGUAGCUAUUUCACCUUCACUGCUAUAUAUUUCUAUCCUGACGCUUGUGCUGCAGGGUGGUUUUAGUGGUGUCUUAGUUGAUCAGCAGGGAAAAUGUUAGACAUCUCUGGCUUAAUCUGCAUAUCUGAGUAUAUGCAAACGUUAUAAUGAAUGUAAGAAGAUUUUAUACUACUGAUGCUAAUGAACACACACUUUUACAUGAUUAUGAUGUGAUGAGCAGCAUGUUUCUCUUUCUGAUGUAGACUCACCAAGCCAUUUAAUCUCACAUUAAGAUCAUAGUCUGUCACUGAGCUUCAUUUUCUGUACUGACUGUAUUGUAUGCUAUAUAGGUUGGGCAACUUUCAUAACUAAAUGCAUCAUCUACAUCUUUGAAAUGUAUUUAGAACACAUUAGCCUAAACCCAGUAAUUCCCCUUAGUCCUUGGUCCUGCUGCUUUGUAUCACGUGCAGACACUUAAGUUAUAUAGAGUCCCUUCUGUUUUGGGGCUCAAGCCAUAUUUGUCAUGUCAUUCAAUUCAUGUCAUCCCCCUACACCCCUGGUGAAUUAUUAGAUGAUCACAGCAACUUGUGCCCAAGCUCAGUUUCAACCCAUGGCCUCAUCAUUUGGCCCUAUCUCUAAAUUAUGCAGAAGUAAGGUGGCCCUUUCCUUUGAGUAAUCCUGGAGUAAUGUUCAUCUACAUCCUCAAUUGUGAUAUUAGGAAACAUUUGGAUGGCUAGAUAACCAUGACUCCUUGAUAUGGAAAAGAGAGAGGACACUAUACUCUGUACUAUCUGUAUAAAUGAAAAGAAGAAUAGUAGUCCCAAGUGGCAUGGCCAAGGAGGUAACUGGGGUUUGGCUAAGGUGGAAAACUAGGAUUGGAACACUGUGUGCUUACGGACAGACCAUAACAUGUUUCUUGAGAAGGAAAUGCAUUACUGCCAACUCAGACCAAUAAUUAUGAUAGCUGCUAUUUACAGAGAAUAUAGUGCUUGCUAUUAAAACUGCACAAAAAAAGAAUUAUUUUCCUAUUAAUUGAUGUUGCUUUCCACUUAGAUUAGAAAAGAGUUUAUAUGUAGAAAACAAUAUAUAUUAUUUAUUUAUUAGUGAAAAAGUAACUAAUUUAAUUAUUUUAAAUCUAAUCCUAAAAGCUUGUCCAAUAAUAAAGGAUAAAGCUCCUAAUUUUACUGGACUCACAAAUCAACACAAAUCAACAGAUGUUUAUUAAUCUAGUUAAUCACUAAAGACAUAAUCUGAUUUGGCACGAAUACCUGAAGUCAAAAGCUAAUUUUAGUCAAACAGUUGUGAUUUAUGCCAGUUUAGCUGCGGCAUUUGGUUGAGUUUUACCCUAAGAGACCACAACACUGCAAUAUCAGGCAGAGAUAUAAUACCUGGACCUGCAGUUUUCAAUCUGCUCUGCACUGAACCACUUGCCAGAUUCCCUUGGCCGACUCAUUCAUUAAAGUAGAAAAGGUCAGAUAAAUCUAAGAUCAGCAGUCCACUUCAUUGGCCAUUUGCAUCAGUCAGAGAGUCAAGAUGCUAAUGGAAGACUUAAGGCCUAAUUCUGCUUCAUUCCAUUUGUUUGUUUUAUCUUCUCCCAAAAUUUUCAUUUCCAAAAGGCCUAAAAGUAUGUAUGACUUACAUGGGUGCUAUUUUCUGUACACAAAUGACUCUGUUGUCUAAUCUUCCUAAUGUUUGUACUACUUUUUGCCUGAAUAAGGAUUGAUUUUCAUAUCCAGUUUAAUCAUACUUACUGUAUCUAGGUCUCAGGUUGAAACCAAGUACACUUAUAUAAUAACGUACAUAAUAAAGCAAUUAAUUUUCAUGCCAAAUGUUGCUGCUGUUAAAUAAAAAAAACUACAGAUGA